GCAGCGGGCAUCCAGAGAGCGAGGUGUGAGCGCUGGUGUCCCUCCUAUGGUGGCAGUGCCGCUCCGUUACCGCAUCAGCACGGCGUGGAGGGAAUCCGCGGACGGGCCUUGUCCGUCUGUCUCUUGUCCCGCUGUCUGUCCAUCCCAGCAUGGUGGAACUGCUGGCUGCCGCGUGGCCGAGCUCCAAAAGGCGUCGAGGCAUUCCCUGCCUUGUGCGGGCAACAAUAACUGAAGCCCAGGUUGCCCCUGCCCGGUGGCCGCCGGCUCGUCUUUCCGUCCAUCAAGGACAGCUUUAAUUACCCCCGGAGUCUCCCCGCUGCCGGAUCCGGUUCCCAUCAAUGAUUCAUGCCCUGCUGUGGGAAGGGGUUCCUCGGCUGCUCGGCUGAGACCCGGGGGAUUUUCCGACCUCUCCGGCAUUAAACUGGUGCGGACGGCCCUGGUGGCAGUUGGAGGUGCACAGGGUGCCCUGUGGGGGACAAACACAACUGCCUGCAGAGCCCUGAGGUCCCCAUGGGUGUCCUGAGCUGCAUGAAGUACCUGAUGUUCAUCUUCAACGUGCUGGUGUUUGCCGGGGGGAUCUGCCUGGUGAGCGUGGGGGUCUGGGUGGCUGUGGACCCGGCUGGUUUCCAGGACAUUGUGGCUGCCAAGCCUGUGCUGAGUGUGGGCGCCUACCUGCUGCUGGCUGUGGGCAUCGCCCUCUCGCUGCUGGGCUUCCUGGGCUGCUGUGGGGCGCUGCGCCGGAGCCGGCCGCUGCUGCUGGUGUUCUUCGUCCUCGUGAGCCUUGUCUUUGUCACACAGCUCGUCGGGGCUGUGCUCUUCCUGGCACACUGGAAGCAGAUCCGGCCAGAGCUCUUCCUGUUAGAGCUGCGAAGGAAUUACUGCGGGGAUGAGGGCGCUGAGGUCUUCUCCGUGGCUUGGAAUACCCUCAUGGUGACAUUCUCCUGUUGUGGCGUUUUGGGACCUGAAGAUUUUGGGAACGGCUCCCACUUUCAGGAGCUGCACCCUGGGACGCCCUGGCCGCAGGCGUGCUGUGCCCGGGAUGGGCUCCUGCAGGCAGGAGAGCUGCUGAGCUGGGAGCAGUGCCAGGAAAGGAACCCUGGCUACAUCCAUGAGCAGGGCUGCUUCCCCACCUUCAGCAAGACCUUGCAGAAGUACAUCUCUGUCCCCGGGGUGUGCAGCUUGGCCGUGCUGGGCAUCGAGAUCUUCGCUAUGUUCUUCGCCUUUUGCCUUUACUACAACUUUGACUGAUGCUGGGAGCAGCUCUCCAGGCCACUGGCAGCGCAGCAGAGAUGAGCCAGAUUGCCUUGGGAACAGCAGCAGGCAAGGACGCUC